UGCAGCUCCAGCACCCAGAGAGAUGGUGACAGCCAGUCCCUGCAGGAGGGAGCUGUAAAAGAUGGAUCCCAAGCGCCUGCUGCUUCUCCCUGCCUUUCCCACGUCUGGUUUCUCCGCAGGGCUUCGGAGCCGCUCAGCCGAGCGGCCAGAGCGGGGCUGGCAGUGCUAGGAGCGGGGACGUGGGGUUUGUGGCACGGAGAGGCAAGGAGGAGAGGCAAGUCCCGGGGGGAGAGCGGCUGCUAGCUUUGCUGCUCAAGGCUUAAUGCCCUAAGAGCCCAGCUGACUCCUGCUCAGAAGCAAAGGGAAACCGCAGGCGCUCGGGACGGCCAGGCACCCGAUGAUGCCGCGUUUCCCCAAACCAUGACGGGACGAAGGUUCGGGAAAUGCAUCGCCCUUUGCCUGCUGCCCUGGAGCUGCCUGAGUUUUGCCUGGAGCGAUGCCGCUGGGCCCGGGACCGCCUCGCCCGGGGCAGGACACGUCAGAAAGGGGCUGCCCAGAGACGGUGCCAACGGGACCGACGUACGCAGCAACAUCUCAGCACUGUGCACGGCUCUCCCCCCGCCGCGCUACGGAUACUACUACGUGGACAGAGGCUCGGGCGUCUCCGAGGGCUCGGUCCUCGUGUACUGGUGCCAGGACGGGUACCAGCUGGUGGGUAGCCAGAGGCUCUCCUGCCUGCGCCGGGAGAGAGCUUCGUCCUGGAGCCACCCCCCGCCCCACUGCCAGGCCGCCCCGCAGCCCUCGGCCACCGGCUCCCGCGCCGCGGUGGCCGCCUCGCUGCUCAGCGGAGCCGUUAUCCUGGCCCUGUCCGUCUCCUUCGCCGUCUGCUGCUGGCGGGAUAAGGCGAGGAGGAACCGUGGUGGGGAGCAGCAUAGGAGGAAAGUCAGAGGAGGAUGGAAGCGUGACCCCUCCACCCCCGAGAGGGGCAGGAAUGCUUUCGGGAGACUGAAACACUACCACCGGCGCGAUUACCACCUCUCGGCCCUCUCCAGCUCCGUGUUCCCGGGGGCGUUCGCAGGCUGCAAUAACCUGGCUUUCCAAAGGAGCCCCGAAAACCUGCCGAAGGUGCCCCCGCAGAGCUGGCACCCCGAAGCGGGGGUCUCGCCCCAGCUGGCGUUACAGCCCGGCACAGCGCCCAUCGCUGCCCUGCCCGGCCACCCGUCCCGCAGCAUCCUGCUGCCUGCCAUGCCCUGCCGCGCCGACCUCCCCAGGGACCUGCUCCCCCUCUACUACAGAAGCUACGAGGAACAUAAGCUCUUCGGCAAGUUCCCGAGGCCGGUUUGAAAAUUUAAACUGCCAUU